AUGUGCUUCUAUGUUCAGAAAAUUUCAGUAUUAUUUCUAAGCGCCAUGUUCCUAACACUACCGUUGUCGAGGCUAUUCAAAUUGUACACGCAUGGCUUCAGUUUAUUGAUAUUUGCCUUUGCACACUAUAUGUCAACGACAUAUGUGAAUCUUGAACAGAACAGCGAGGAUAAAGAGCUGAAACUUGACGAUUUCGUCAAGCUGGAAAGGCAUGGAUUUCACUUUUUGGCCCAGCACAUUCUACGUUUUUCAGCUCAUAAUGUCGCGUGUUCACUGGUGAUGUUGUUUAUCUGCAUAUAUGUUUUAAACCGUGUGCCAGAUAUGGUUCACGGAAUGCGAACAGCGUUCCGGCAAGGUCAAGGCAAUUUUUGUUCUUGUCCGUUGUUAGCUCGUGGAAGAACAUGGCGAGAAGCAGGUCCAGCAUUACUUGCUAGUAUUGCGGAGAGCACCAACACACCAAUUUCUUUACUUGCUCUUGCUUUGACGGUUUCUUUCGUGUGUAAAUGGGUUGUCGAUGGCGCUCAAGUGGUCAUCGGUGGACGUCGCGAUCACGGACAUGUGCUUGCUCAUUCAGGGUAUACUGAAGCAUUGACGCUUGUCCUGUUAUGUCUGCAGACUGGAUUGCUCGGCAUGAAAACUGAACAAAAAGCUUUCUUGCUCGGCCUUGUCUUGUUCAUUGUGAUGUCAGCACUACUACAGUCGUUAUACGAGUUGCUUGAGCCUCAGUUGUUAUCUUUGGCUGCUUCUCCAUCAGCAUCUCGCGGCCGGCAUAUUCGAUGUUUGCUACUUGCAGCACAUCUUUUCGUGGCACCGAUCACUAUGGCUUGUGCCAUAACAGCUUUUCUGCCAAUUGAUUUGUGGUGUGUUAUUAUUGUGUCUAAUUGUGUGCUAACAACUAUACAUGCGGCAUCCUCAACUGUUCAGUAUGCCAUUGGAAUGAUUGAGUCGCGUUCGACGGAACCGUGGGAACACAGCGACGAUCUGAUGUUCUGGACACGAAUGGUGACUAAGGUUUUCGAGCUUUCCAUAGCCCUGAUUGUGCUUGUCUAUGGCAUCGUCUUCACCAUAUCUGGGAACUGGACAUUGGCUACUAUAGCAGUAUUGGUCUUUCAUGUAAUAUUCAAUAUCUAUAGAAGGAUGGAAACACUGCUAGGAUCAAUGACUGCUCGGCAGGCUGCGGUAAAAAAUAUCAACCGUCUGGCCCGUGCUAGCAGGGAAGAACUGAAGGGUAUGCUGAAUGAAAGGCUUAUGCUAAUUUAUAGGGUCUUAUCCGAUGCAAUUAUACUAUCAAAUGCCUAA